ACGUGACAAAAGGCCGCGCGGCGAGGCACGGUGGCGCUCGUUGCCUCGCUCGGAAUCCUCGAAUUCCCAUACCCAACCGGGGCUGCUUCGGACCGGCGGCUUCGAUACGGUGUUGGACAUGACUGUCAUGCGCUAUGUAUUCAAGGCGGCUGUCUUUUGCCGUCUAGUAUUUAUAGUCCUCGAACAACCGGCAUAUCCCCCGACAAUCAUGUGUUGACCGAUCAGCGCACAAGAGCAGCAUAACACUCCGGUCCUUCGGUAUCAUUGUGUGCCAGAUACCGGUUCGCAAAGAUCUAUUAUAUCCCCCGUUGCUGCCUCCUAGACUCUCUCUUAAGAGGUCUUUUCUGCACAUUGUCAGCCCACGUUUCAACAUGAAGAACAUAGUCAUAUCCGCAUUCCUCGGCCACGCGGCACUCGCUCAUGCCCAAUGGUGGGAUGGUGCCCCUGACUGUGCCCAUGACUGCUUCUCCUCCUGGUGGUCUUCUUCUACCGCCUGGCCGGCGCCCACCAGCUACUGCUCGGCCAGCCAGGGCGCCUCCGUCUCAAGCUGCCUCAAGGAAGCCUGCUCGGCCACGCCCACUGCCGUGACCUCCUACAGCUCGCUGUCCUCCUCCCUCUGCUCCCAGUGGUCCUCAUGCAGCUCGGCCGGCUCCACAGGCGUGUAUACCAUCUCUGCGCCAGCUUUUACCGGUAACUGGAACGGCCCCGGAAACUGGGGUGGCCGUCACCGUGGCGACAACGAUGAUGGCGAUGACAAAAAUGACGACAACGACGACAACCGGGACUGGGACCAUGACUGGGACAACGACGGCACCGAUGACCGUGACCAAUGGGAUCAAUGGACGCGCACCUGGCCCGGCGGCAGCUACACGGUAACCGGCUGCGAGUGGAACGGCAACGUAUGGGCGGGCGGGCCGGGCGGGUGCGGACCGGGCGGCGCCGGCGGUUCGCCCUGGGGCCCCUGGGGCCGCGGCUGGACGUGGAGCACCGUCACCCAGACGGUCACGCGCGUCGCCACCGUCACCGACUCUGCGGGCGCGACUGCGCUUUCUACGAGUGUGGGUUUGGCGGCGGUCGCGCUGGCUGCGAGUGGCGAUGUCACGAGUACGAGCGUUAUUGGCGCGGCGGAGACGGGGGGUGGUGGUGAUGGGGAUGGGGAGGGUGGUGAUGGUGAUGGGGGGAGUGCGAACCCGACUGGUGGGGCGGAGGGGGCGGCGGGGAGGAAUGAGGUGGGUGUUGUUGUGGUGGUGAUGAGACAAGCCCGGACCCGCGAUCACAGCAUAACGAGACUUGGCUUUGUGGUUGAGACAGUCGCCAUGGAGUUUUACACAGGAGGGACAUGGCUUCCCACCACCUACGCAACCAUUCUACAGUCCGCCAAGGGCAAGGACUACACGAGUGUCUAA